AUGAAUACCUAUCCCCGUCCCCAUGAUAUUCUAAUCCUUCCUCUCCCCCCCCCCCUCCCCUCUCUCUCCAUCUUCCUUUUGCCUUCUCGUCAACGUUGCCUCUCAUGUCUAACAUCGACACCUUGCCGGACGACUGCGUCUCCACCAUUCUCUCCUUCACUUCUCCGGCGGACGUCUCCAGAUUCUGCUCCGUCUCCUCCUCCCUCCGCUCCCCUGCUCUCUCCGAUCUCCUCUGGCUCUCCUUCUUGCCCUCUGACUACCCCGACAUCCUGUCCAGGGCUGUCACUCCUCUUGACUUCUCUUCCAAAAGAGACCUCUUCCACGCUCUCACUCGCCCAUUUCUCAUUGACGGUGGCUCCAAGAGCUUCCAAUUAGACAGGUCUUCGGGUAAAAAAUCUUACAUCAUCUCUGCUAGGGAAUUAUCUGUCACGUGGGGCAACGACCCCAUGUUAUGGAGCUGGACACCCAUGCCCGAAUCUAGGUUCUCGGUGGUGGCUCAUCUCAGAACAGUCAGCUGGUUAGAAGUUAAAUGCAGCGUCAGAACUGGGAUUCUGACACCCAACACUUGGUACGGGGCUUAUCUGAUAAUGAAGGUGUCUCACAGAGCGUACGGUCUGGACAGUGCAGCUUCGGAAGUAACGGUUGAAGUGGGAAACGUGGUGAGGAAGGGGAAGUCCUAUCUGUGCAGCAGAUGCGAGAGAGAGCAAAAGAUGGAGACUCUGUUUUAUGGGAAUCGAAGAGAAAUGUUGAGGGGGUCGCCGGGGACGGAAGAAGAUCAGAAAUUUCCGUCGACGAGAGAAGAUGGAUGGAUGGAGAUCGAGUUGGGGGAAUUUGACAGCGGGGAAGAGGACCAAGAGGUGAAGAUGAGCAUGAUGGAAGCAGGCUAUCAAUUGAAGGCAGGGCUCAUCCUGGAAGGCAUUCAGAUCAGACCAAAGCAGGUUUGACCAAGACGAUAAUGACAAAACCGAACGUCACCAGAGAAUAAUCUGCAGUGUGAACUACCGAACUGUAGUUUCUAUUUUUUAAUCCUCAUCGACUUUGGUUUGGUAAAGCAAGAAACACGUUACUUCUCAAGUUAUUGAGGCUGAUUUCUCAAUAAUGUGGCCAUACAAGCAGAAGCCAAAGUGAUUAAAUCACUAAACUAUGUCCCAGCGCCCGCAGAGCAGAUAUAGAAAUUCAUCAAUGUGCGCAGUCGAUUUCCGGAAACAGGAGGUUUGAUUUGUUGUGACGCACCCUACAAAAUUAUUCUACGAUUUGCAUAUACUGUAAGUUCUGAAGCUUCGGAUGUAACAGGGCCACAACUAUGUGGUGGGUCAUUGAGUCCUUAAUAGUAAUUAAAAGCUCAUAUGUGUCGAUAUACCCACAGCUUUUGCA